UGGCCCGAGGAGACCGGAACCACGGCCUCGACUCGGGAGGAGGAGGAGGAGGAGGAGGAAGAGGAGGAGGAGGAGGAGGAGGCGUUUCCCACAAAAACACAUCAGCUGCAAAUUUAUGCAAAACAGUGAAAGCAGCAUCACCAAGAGCAGCGACGCUCCGACGCUCCGGAGGCCGCCGAGUGUCGCCGAGUCGUCCCGCAGGCGGAGGAGGCACGAGAGCCCGCACGGGCACGCCAUGGAGACAGAUGGAGAGCAGAGCCAGCAGGGGGCCUCGACCAAUGGGAGCGCUGCAUCUGGGACCACCACCACCACCUCCUCCUCCUCGCCCUCCUCCCGCCCCUCUCCCAUGAACUCCAUGUCUCUGUACGAGCGACAGGCGGUGCAGGCGCUGCAGGCGUUGCAGCGGCAGCCGAACGCAGCUCAGUACUUCCAGCAGCUGAUGCUGCAGCAGCAGAUCAACAACGCUCAGCUGCAGAACCUGGCGGCCGUGCAGCAGGCUACUCUGGCUGCCAGUCGUCAGUCCAGUCCGUCCAGCAGCAGCUCGUCUCAGACCAGCAGUACCACGUCCGCGAGUGUAACAUCUGGAACGGGGUCCACCACCAGCAGCCGUCCGAUGGGAGCCUCGGCAACGUCCACAAUCAGCCAAUCAGUGCUUCUGAGCGGGACGGCGGCGGGACAGGGACAAAUGUACCUGAGGGUCAACCGGUCGCUGAGGGCCCCCAUCUCCUCCCAGCUCAUCUUCAUGCCCGGCAGCACGGCAACUGCUGCCGUGGCGACCGUAGCCCAGCAGCCACAGCAUCAGCAGCAGGCAGAGGCGACUCCGACUUCCUCCGCCGGCGGCCAAUUGGACAACGACCAGGCGCAGAAUCUAGCCAUGCGAGGAGUGACAGGUCCCAAAGGUGUAAAGACCGAAGCCCCCGAGAGGAGCGACUCAGCUGCCUUCUCUCUGGUGCAGCCGUCCCACCAGUCAAACCUCCACUCUCCCUCCAAGCCCCAGCCCCCCCACAUCAAGAUCCCCACCUACCCUCAGCCCACCAACCUCAAAGCCCACCCCUCCUCUUCCUCUGGUGCUACCUCCUCUUCCUCCUCCAUCCCUCUCUCCCAGCUCCUGCUUCACGGAACCCGGACCCUGGCCACGGGAACUUCGGCUCCCACCGCGGCGCACACCCUGGUCCUCACGUCCAACGCAGGCUCGCAGCCCCACGGCUACCCGGUGGGCACGGCGACCAUCAAGCCGGCGGUCAACGCUCAGACUCUGGUGGUGCAGCCACUGCAGAAAACCUCGCUCGGCGGCGAGAAGUCGGGCCACGGCAACGGACCCGUCCCGAUCCAGCCGAAAACUCUGCAGGGGCUACGACUGCCGCUCCACCUUCCCUCCAGGAACCCCCCGCCCAUCCUCCCCGCCCCACCGCCGGCCAGCAGCUCCGCCCAGUCUUCGCAGCUGCCGCCGCCGCCCCACAUCCCAGUGCAGAUCGUGGGAGCAAGGCAGAGCACUCUGGGAAACACCCAGGCUAUGGCUCUGGCCCGGGGCAGCUGCAGCCAGGACGGAGCCGCCGCCGUCCUCACCAGCUCGUCCAGCCUUCUCACCAUGGUGGCUUCCAUCGCCUCAAGGGAGGGUGGGGUCGUGGGCCGCGGGGUGGGGCUAAAGGCACUUCAGUCGCCCCAGGAGGCGCCGCCACUGGCUCAGGUCUCCCAAGUGCAUCCGCAGGCCAAUCAAAGCUCUGCGCAGAGUCAGAACGGAUCCCUGGCUCAAAACCCUGCCUCCUCUCAGUCCCCUGGCGUUUCCUCUCCUCCCUCCUCGCUGUCUCGUUCCUCCCUCUCCCUCCCCCUGACGACUGGAGAGCAGAGAGGACCGGCAGCCGCUGCGACCACUAACGGAGACUCGUCGGGAAGUCAGACGCCGCAGGGAAAGCAGGCGAUUGGCUCGCUAAAAAGGAAGUCGGACUCAAAUUCGGCCAAUGACGAAGAUGGCCCCUCCCCUCCGAGGAUCCAGCCUGUCAGAGAUCACGCCCCUGUGCUCCCGACCAAUCCCGUCAAAGCAGGCUCCGGAGCUCCUCCCCCAGCUCCUCCCUCUCCCUCCCCAGUCCUGUCGGUGUCACGCGGGGCGUGCGGCCCGGGGGAGAGAGCUCCUCCCCCUCAGGCCGUGGUUAAGCCUCAUGUCCUCACGCACCUCAUAGAGGGCUUCGUCAUCCAGGAAGGGGCGGAGCCUUUCCCCGUGUGUGGGUCAGUGAAGGACUCGACCAGUGAGGAUCUGACCAAUGACAGUCCGGACAUGCACCAGCCAGAGACUGUUACCACAGCGACAGUGCUGAAGUGUGAGUACUGUAAAAACUUUGCUCCUGCCGGUCAGUUCCGAGGCACCAAACGAUUCUGCUCCAUGGCCUGUGCCAAGAGUAUGUAUUGGUUCCCCAGGUACAACGUCAGCUUCAGGCAGCACUUCUGCAUGCGGCAGGGUCACGGCCAGGGUCAGGAUCAGGACCAAGGUCACCACCAAGGUCACCACCUCUCCAACUCGGACGAGGAGGGAGGCAUCGCCAGGCGGAGGGUUCCCCGCAGGACCAGCUCCGAAAUAGCCAGCGCCAAGAUCGCAGGGCGACCCCUGCCCGUCAAGUGCCGUUCGGAGUCAAGCCGCUCAGACGAGGAGUCGAGCGGCGAGGAGGACGAAGACGACCCCAUGUCCCUGUCGCCGGCCUCCUCCUCCGCCUCGUGCCGCCAGCCUGCGUCUCCUCUGCUGCCGCUGACGGAGGGUUCGGGGCCCGGCUGCCCGCCCGCCGCCGCCGCCCUCCUCCCCGCCCAGUGGAGCGUGGAGGACGUGUCGCAGUUCAUCUCCUCGCUGCAAGGCUGCGAGGAGCUCGCCUCCCAGUUCCUGUCGCAGGAGAUCGACGGACAGGCGCUGCUGCUGCUGAAGGAGGAGCAUCUCAUGUCCACCAUGAACAUCAAGCUCGGCCCCGCCCUGAAGAUCUGCGCCCACAUCAACAACCUGAGGGACUGAUGUCAGUCCGCUGUGUUCAAAGUCAAGCUCCCCGGAGCCUUCACCCCGAAACUCUUCUUCUGCAGAGCGGUCGGAGUCCUGCAGGCGAAUGUACGAGCCACACGUCCCUUUUUUCCAAAAACCACGGCUCUUGAGCCCAAACCGGGGCGGCGGGCGGCAGGCGGCGGCACUCGACCACAUUUUUUUUUUAAAGGUCACAUUUUGCACAAGAGGAUUGUGCAUUCUGUUACAACUCUGUCAUGUCUGUGAUUUACAACAAGGAAGAAAUUUACUACAGAUCACAAACUCUAUUUUGGGGGCCAAUAUGCGUGAUGCAUGAAAGUGCAAAGUCAGAAAUCCUUUCUACCAGCUGAUUUCGUUUGGCUUUUUUUUAUAUGCACAUUUUCAAUCGUAUGCCUAUUUUUUUUAAAAAAGCAGAAACUUAGGGUUUUAGAAUGUAUUCUCACAGCUCAACUUUUGUUGUGUUUCCAAGCUGUGUAGAAAUAGGGCGGCUCUUCUCUGCAGACACUGCCCGAGGCUGCGUUCAUCUUGUUUCUGUUAUAUCUUCAUAUUCCAACACAUAGGAGGAGCAUAAAAAAACUCUAAUAUAUUCAUUUAUUUCAAAACAUCUGCCCUCUCUCCUGACAUCAAAAAUAAAUUAAGAAUGUUUGUUCUCGUCUAGUUUAGCACUCCGUGCGGGAGUUAUUGAAUUUGCUCAAUAUCUCAAAGUUUACAGCUGAUAUGAAGUAUUUUUUAGCAAAGCACUAGUGAUUUUGACCUUUAAUGUUAUGUAUAUAAGGAAAAACAGAAAAGAAUAGUACGUUCAACAUCAUAACUACUUUGAAAGAACAGGUUUGACAUCAUUUGUCAAACAGUGGCACUUUUACUUUGAAAGGGAGCCUGUUCUGUGACACACAGGGUCAAGUGAGCGUUACAGGGUAACAAGACAAACUCCAAUCCCUCGAGGUUCAGUGUUCUCACAUCUCCAUUUUGUUUUUACACAGAUCAACAAGUGGUCAGUGCAUGUUGUUCCCAAAAACCUGCCUAUCCCAGUCAGAGUGAUGCAUUCAACUGUCAAGGUGCGUUCACACCUGACGCGCCGCUUUGCUCGCACGACUUUGGUCGCUGGAACAUUUGUGCUUAUUUGCGUCAUUCGCGCAUUAAUAUUUUCCCUGGUUCACUUUCUGUCGAGCCCUCGCCUUCUUCCCCCGGUCACGAUGCAAAUAGCAACGCAAAUAAUAUCGCGUCACGCCAUCUACUCGCGUGAAUAAUUUGCAUUGCGUCCGGUGUGAACGCACCAUUAGAAUCAUGCAACUAGACUAAAUGUUCCAAGAGUCCGGACAUAAAUUUCCUCAAAAAGCACGACUGCAAAAUGUCUGACUCUGUAUCUUCAAGUUGUUGUUUUUUCUGAAUCUGCGAAUUCUCCCACGUCUGGCAAUUUCAACAUGUUCCAUCGGUGCGAACCGCCCGCGACGGAUCCGUACGGCGGCACGUUAGUUGUGGGAGCGACCGGUAACGUCACGGGCUUGAUUUUGUGAAGUGACGUGGAAUUUUGGAAAAACUGCUGAACGAGAUGAGGGAUGAAACCCGGCGGCAAACGUGAUGCGCUUGUUAAUUCAAUCUGAAGUAACUUUAUUGAGCUACAUUUUCACAACCGAACCACCGAGUUUGACAGAGCUUCACGUGGACCUAUAUGUUUUUGAUGAAUGAGAAGAACCUUAAGCUAUACUGUUAAUAAGUGUAAAAAAAAUCUGCCUUUUAUAUUUAAAUGCACAUUUUGUUUGCCUCGUGUCUCUCUCUGUGAACCUUGUGGCCUUUUCUCGCUCGUCUCCGCUGUAGGUUUAGAGGAGGAUCGUCUGUUUUCUAACUGCUUUUCAUAUCAUUCCUUCUUUUAUAUCAGUGUAUUACUGUUUUUUUUUAACAAUUGUUGCUUCAAGCAAUGAAAUGCCUUUUGCCCAAAAAGCGUGACUGAACAGUAGCUGUACCUUGAUCAAGGGAACUCACCGUCUUCCUCAUAUAGCUUUCGUCACAUAGUGUGUAACUUACCAACAGUAUUUAGCUUUUCUAGCUAUAGUAGCUCCAGUAUUUUGGCUUUAUUGUGAGUGACUGUGGCUGUUACAGUAUUUUCUUUCACAAAGGACAAUAAUCUUCGAUAGCAGCUGUGUGUUUAUAUUUCCCAGUCGUCCCACGAUUUUGGAGUCUUUUUAAACCAGCAGGUCCGUCAAGCAUAUUCAAUUGUGAAGACCAAAAACCACAAUUCUCCGAAAGCAUUCCUGCUGUGAUGACCGGUGUAACAUUUGUCAACAGCUUCUCCCAAAAAGCGGCACUUUUCUUAGAAAUAAAUAAAUAAACAACGGAUUCUACAAAAAUUCUUUUCUAUAAUGAAGAAGCCACCUUAAGAAUUGAAAAAUGUGCUUCCUUGCAAUAAUCUGGGGGGAAAAAAACUGCAAAAUCCUGGAGGGACUAACUGGGCUUGGAGGAGGAGAGGUUAACAAUACUAUCAUGCAAAUAAAUAAUCAUGAAAUUUGUUUUAAAA